CUUUGUAACCUCGCCGCAAGUACUUAGCAGCCAGGCAAAAUUUUGCCGAUCAGCCAGGCCUCCUGAGCAGCCUCGCUUUUUGCAGGUGCUUCCAAUAUGGCGGUGAUUAAGGGUUACAUGUGCGUUUUUCUUUCCUUGAUAAACUUGAGGCACUGCCUAGGAUUGUACGCAGAUCAAGUUGGGCUCUUCGACUGGCGUCAGAGCUACAUCGGGAAAGUAAAAUUUUCAUUUUUCGAUGUUUCUACGCAUAGCAGCAAACGUUUGUUUGUUGGCACGGAAUCGAACGUGAUUGCUGCCCUAAAUUCGAGAACUGGUGGUAUUCUUUGGCGUCAAGUUUUGGAAGAGAGCGAAGAGGUUCUAGAUACAUUGCUUUAUCGUGAAAACGUUCUUUUAAGCUCUUCAAGCGCCGGAAAAUUCAUUCGAUCUUGGGAUACUGGUAAUGGAGCACUUCUGUGGGAGGCAAUUGGCAAUUCUGCUUCUUCGCCAAGCAAAAAGAUUACAAAUUCACCUUUCCACGGAUGGAAUGGACCACAGACAGCGUUGGUGGAGGCCAAAGAAAACGAACUUGUGGUUUCUCUGGCUUUUAAUAUCAUCAAAGCAUUUGGACUUCAAGAUGGCUCAGAAAAAUGGUCAGUUGAUAACAGUGAACAGACAGCUGAUUAUUUCAGCUUUCAACAUUCCAGUGGAAUUUUAUAUGUUGUAGGAACCCAAAAUGAUGUAGACAUUGUUAUUCAGAAGCUAAAUGUAGAGAAUGGGCAAAUGAAAGGAGAAAGACGCGUUGGAGCACCGUGGGUCAACAGUGGUGCUAGUUGCGUCUUUGUCAAGAAGUCAAGUUUGGUUUGCGCAGAAACAUUCAGCAAUAGCAUUCACGUUAUUUCCCUUACUGAUGAAUCAGCACCAGUGAAAACAAUAUCGUUACCUUCUUUAGGGCUAGGAGUCGAAGAACUCUCUCUUGGCAAACCUACCUUACACUCAUUUGGUUCUUAUUCAAAUUCCUGGGAUGAACGAUCGGAGUUCCUGUUAAAACUCUCCAAUACUCAUCAGCUUAUCUUGAACUUAAACAACGAUCAUAGCAUUACAGUCCUGACCAAAUUUACGGAGCAGUCUCUACUUAGAGCAGCUGUACUUGGCAACAAGGCUAUAUUGGUUUCAAUUACACCAAUCACUGAUGAAUCCUUAGAGCUUAAAUGUUAUGACUUAGACAACAAAAAAGACCUUUCAGACAUGACGCAAAAGGUAGUCUUAGUAGAUCACGGAGAACCAGAAGAUGCUGUUGUUUAUUUGUUUAAUAAGAAAGAAAAUGAACUUGGAUAUAGAGUAUUCCUGGCUACCACAGAUCAUUCAGUGUCAUUGGUACAGUUUCCUGGACGUGUCAUGUGGUCUCGGGAAGAAGCUCUUGCUGAAGUCACAGCUGUAGAGGUGGUUGAGCUGCCAUUUUCACCUUCACAGGCAAAUUUUGAGACUCUUCAGGAGGAGUUUGGUGCUCAUCCAAAUGAUGAUGUCUUGUCCAUGUUUAUCCGUCGCAUCCGUGCCCAAGUGAAGCAGUUCCAAGUGCUUGUGAAGCAAUUCCAAGCCUUUGUCAAAGCACAGCAAGAACAUGGCUUCUUUGCUGAAACAACAGAUGAAGAAGAAGAGCAACUAACCAGAGAUCAGUUCAAUCUGCGAAAAUUAAUUCUGAUUGUAACAUCAUCUGGAAAACUCUUUGGGCUCAAUUCUGCUGACGGAAGCAUCGUUUGGAAGUACUUUCUACCAAACCUUGCCCCUUUCUCUCAAAACAGCAAACAGUAUUCCUUACUCUACACUCAACGAACUGUUGCCCACUUUCCUUUAACUGCCCAGUGUGUAGUGCUUGGGAAGUCAAGGGCAUCUGAUGGAUCCCUUUUACAUGUUUUCAACCCAAUCACUGGGAAGCCAAUUGGACCAGGCUACCUUAAAGGAAAUCAGUUGUCAUACAGAGUUGUGCAAUCCAUGCUUUUGCCACAUACUGAUGCUAAACACACCAAACUUCUCCUUCUCCUGGACUCCUCUCUGAAUGUUCAUGUUUUUCCUCGCACUUCUGAAUCCAUUGAAAUUGUGUCUAAAGCGUCCUCAUCCAUCUUCUUCUUCAUGGCUGACAAAGAGAAGGCUGACUUGAAAGGAUACAUGCUUUUGUCCGAUGUGGAAAAAAGUGUCUUUCAUGUCAGAGAAAUGUGGAAUGUGAACUUUCCUGAGUCUCAACAAACUAUCACUAAUAUUGCAACCAAGAGUCCUUUGGAACAUGUUCAUUCUCAAGGAAAAGUUCUUGGAGAUAGGAGAGUGCUUUACAAAUAUUUGAACCCAAAUCUUAUAGCAGUGGGCACUGAGGUUACGCCAGACACCAAGCCUGGAAUCUCCAUUUAUCUUAUUGAUGCUGUAACAGGGUUGAUCAUUUUCCACGCUCGUCACAAGAAUGCGAAAGGUCCUAUUCACAUGGUGCACGCUGAAAACUGGCUGGUCUACUGUCUGUACAACACUAAAUCCCGCCGAUAUGAGCUCACGGUGUUGGAGAUGUACGAUGGAUACACAGAGAGAAACAGUACUGCUUUGUCCUCAUUCGACCCUCCCCCUAUCCCGAUAGUACUUCAGCAGUCGUACAUAUUCCCAACAACAAUACGCACCGCGACUGUAACGAUAACAGAGCGAGGGAUAACUCAUAAGAAUCUCUUGCUUGGACUGCAAACUGGCUACAUCUUGAGCCUUCCCAAAAACUACUUGGAUCCACGGAGGAAGUUUUUGCCCAACCAACAGGACCGUGAAGAAGGGCUGCAUCCUUAUAUUCCAGAGCUCAGCUUGAAUCCUUUGGCGUUUAUCAACUACAAUCAAACUGUUGCCAACCUCCACGGUGUCUACACAGCCGGAUCAGGUCUGGAAUCCACAUGUUUGGUGUUUGCGUAUGGACUGGACCUGUACUGGACGAGAAUAACACCUUCACGAAUGUUUGAUGUGCUGAAGGAAGACUUUGAUUACUGGUUCAUCUUUGGUACUCUCGGAAUACUAGUGCUUGUUACAAUCGUCUCUCAGAGACUCGCUUCAAUAAAAAUGCUCCGACAGGCUUGGCAGUGAGAAAAGAAGUGGUCAUAGGAUUUUCAGUGGCUUUAUGAGACACAGUUUCGUGUAGCGUGACUGAUUGCAAUAAAGAUUACUUUUUUAUUUAAUCUUUUUCAUAUCCAAGAUUGUCGAGUUCAAAAUUAAGAAAAACAAUGUCAAAUAAUUUCUUCUUGCAGAACUUUAAAAAACACAAAGUGCCACACAAAUGUACUGCUCAAUAGCUUUCAUUUGAAUGGUCACUCACCAAGGUUUCAUCCGCAGAUUUAAAUUUAGCACCACCUUGUACAGAGUAAUAAACAGUACCACAUGAAAGUA